UCGUAUUUGGAUGACAAACGCUUGUGGAAAUCAGCCUGGUACUGAACGAAACGCGUAUUGUAGGAGUCAGGAUUAUUUCAGUGUUCGUUUCAGGCAUUAAGGCAUGGAAUAAUCUGAUAUGCUUAUAUGAAGCAACCGGUUUUUCGUAUAUGACAUCUACGUUAACCAUUCGGUGCCCACAAUAACCAAGGAAGCCAAUCUGACAAGAUGGCAGCAAGGAAGAACGAGUGGGUGUACGAUCAGCUAUUAGGUUUCUUAGGGAGUCCUUUAUUUCAACUCCCGGUGAUAACUUACAUGGAAGCCAGAUGUAUAAUUUUUGAACCAGGGACAGAAGAUUCACAGGAGUACAGAGAAGUACAUAAAGAAUAUAAACAUUUGGUGGAAACAUUGCUAGAGGGAUUCAUGAAGGACACAGAACUGACGUAUGAACAGAUAUUAAAGGCUUUGCAGGACUUGCGGGUGCAAGAAGAUUUGAAAGAUAUUUUUCAGGUUAUCUUUGAACAGGUGCUUUCAAUGGAGGAUUUUGGGAUAUUUGUGAGAUUGAUGACCCAGAAAAAUAUAGAGUUGCAGCAGCAGGCCUUGUUGUUGAUCAUCCAUCGCAUAGGCAGUGUACCUGAGAUCAUGCAGCCAGGUGGUGGGGCAGAGGUGAACAAGACCAGCACACCUGUCACAGAAGAAGAUGCAGUUUUACGAGCAGUGCUAGAGCAAUCAAAACGAGAGUAUGAAGAAAUGAAGAAGACAAGUGACAAGGAGAAGGAGCAACUUGAUGCCGUGUUAAUCACAUCCCGGGAAGAAGCUUCAUAUCUGGAAGAGAAGAGGGCAAAGGAACAGGAGAAAAUGAAUGUGGCCAUCAGUCAGUUGAGCAUUGAGGCCGACGCUGGUUCACAGAAAAGUAAAUCUAACCGAGGUAAAGUCCCGCCAAACCUCUCCAAACCGCCAUUUGCUGCUAUGCCUGUCCCAUCAGGAAGGAGUAUAUCGAUAUCUGCCGAACCCAGUCGUGCACAGCCCAAGGUCACUCCUAGUUUCACACAUUCUACAGAGGCACCACCAGUCCCAGCGAGACCUCCUACUGUGUCCAGCUCAGAGGCUGCAGCUAACUGGCUUAAGUCAGCCCUGUCUGAUGCAAAUUCCUCAGGAAAUGCUGUCAAUAAAGCAGCGGCUGCCAUGGGAAACUUGACCCCAGAGCAAGUUAAGGAGAGACAAGAGUACCUGAGGCAGCAGAGAGACAAGCUGUUAGAGAUGAAGAAGAGGGAGAGAGAAAAGCAGCUACAAAAUGCAGCCAAAGAUCUACGACAGAGACCCACUUCUGCUCGUGUAGCACAUAAGGCUAUAUCCAGAGGAGGGGAUGUCAGCUCUGAGGCAACGCCAACCAGUGUGGACAACGAGAAGAAAUUGGCCAUGCGAAAAGCCAUUGCAGAACGGCUCAAGGCUGAGGUGAUAGGCAGCAAAUGAGGCAGCCAGCUUUCUGUACCUGUAUGCAAGUUUAAGCUAUAGUAAAAUAGUGGAUUGGUACAUGUGACUGAGUGUAUUGGAGUUAGUACUACUUAAAGUUGUACGUCAACAUAUUUUCACCUGUGAUAUUACUGCGUGCAUUGAUGAACUCUGAACGACCCACCCUCACUAAAUACUGCAUGCCUGUGUUGGUUGAUCAUGUUUUUCUUUAGCUUUAUGCCAUAAUGGAGUUCAUUUAAUAAACUUGCCUUGUUGCUGUAUUUCGGACUUUUCAUCAGUUGUUAAAAUGUGGUGUACAAAUCAGUUAAGGAAUUAGUCAGUGAAAGCAUUAAACUCAGUACUCACAUUUGAACUUUUUGUUGGGAAAGUCAUUUAUUGUUGUGGAAUACAUAUAGACGUUAGGAAAUUGCCAAGCUGAGCAGCCUGUGUCAACCAGUUCUAAAGAAGUGACCCCACCAGUCAGUGCCCAAGGACCUUUCUGCAGACUUCAUUUCCCCCCUUGGCUAAUUAGUGUCCUCUAAGCAUUUGCAUGACUAGUUAAGAAAUCCAGGGUAUGAUAGCAUGCAGGUUAUUUUUAGCAGACAGUGUAUGCAUCAUUAUACAUAUUGUAAAUAAAGGCAACUAUUUUGGCCGUUGUCCUGGAAAGAGUUAAGCUCAUUGUGAUUCAGUGGUUGUUAGCCUGUACUGUAGAUGUACCUUGUGAUCUAGAUGCUGAGUCCCAAACUUUCUAAGUUGCUAGCUUAAUUGUUGACACUUUUAUUUGUAUGUACGCAUAUAUUUUAACACUUUUAUGAGCAUUUAUGAAUGUAUAAAAUAGCGCAUUGAAUAACUCUUUAUAAUGCAGAGCAUAGAGUGUUACCUCUGAUCUGUGGCAAAUGUCACAUGAAAAAAACACCUAUCUUUAUCUUAUUUACAUGUACACAUGCCUGUUUGUCCACUUCUAAUGACUUGUUAUUUCAUGCUGUCUUAUUUACAAUAUAAAUGUAUGUAAAUUGUUAUAUUGUUCAUCUGUUAUUGACAACAUAUGUAUGUGUAUAUAUAAUUGUAGAUGUACAUUGUGUUUUAGGUAUUCACCAUUCAUGUGUUUUAUUUAAUAGACUUUGAAGCUCAAAGCUGAAAGCAUAUUGGUUUUAAAGGCAAAAAAAAAACCCUCUAAAAUGAAGUAUGUAUCAUAUGAAAGAGCAUUGAACACUGUGAUGGCUGAUUGAGUAUUACCACAUUGUCAUGUGGGUAAAAGGCAGAUGUUGAAAAUCUUUUGUGAAGACUGUUUGGAAGCCAUCAAACUGCAUUUUUUUUUUUUUUUUACAAAACUUUACUUGAUGACUAGUUAUAUCUGUAUGCAUUCCAACAAAAAUUUUGUUUUGAUAUUUUAUACAGGUCUCAUGGUUUUUAUGAUGGGUUCAAUUUGAUACAAUGUGAUUUUUUUGUGGUUGUGAAGCUGUGUUAUGUGAAAUCCGUCCAUGUUUGGCUGAUUUAUAGCAUUUGUAUUUUUUGGUCAUUUUCAGUGAAUUCGUCCAGAUUCUGUAUUGUUUGUUGUGUAUGAUGUUAGAUAAGUUUUAACCUGUCUCAUAAAUUAU